UUAUUUCUGUUGUAACAAUCUCUUCUAAACGUCACGGUAACGAGUUCGUUUGGUUGGUCUCGACAAUGUCGCGAGAGAGGUCACCGCUGCCUCGAAAAUCGAUAAAGGAAGAAAAGAAAGACAGAAGACAGACGUUUUGACGACGAGCAACGCCCUCGGCAGUUCGGAUGCUCCCAGGACAAAGUCGUGGAAUAUCACGGAGGACAGCAGUAGAGCAUUCGAUAUUUCGGAGUAAUGUAGCGACUCCAAGAGAGUAGUCCAUGUUGCUGUCAGGUUCGGUUUUUUUAUAUGGAUAGGUGAACACGUGGGAAGAGUGCACGAGUGGUCUGACCGAUAAGGCAGAAGUGCAGGCAAGAAGGCAGCGAGCCAGUGGACAGAUAACCCAAAGUAGAAAGUAGAAACAUGAAUCGCUAGAAGCACAAGACGACAUGAACGACUCGGUCUAGAAGAAAUGGUGAAUCGGAGUCGAAACAUUGAAAUGGUGGGAGUUUCUUUUGGCAACUCCAAUUGGUUGGGUCUUAGCGACGACGCGUUGUAUGUGAGUUAGACUUAAUUUACGGUGAAAGUUACCGUCAUUACGUUACGCUGCAUUUCAUGUGCCACGGGCUUCAACUGCAACGACGCGAGCUUCAUGAACGAGGAAGGAAGAGUGCAGAGGAAAAAGCCCGAAAAGGGUGUACGGAGGGCAGAGUAACAGGGUGACAAGAUAGGAAUAAAAACUGUGAGCUUUCGGAACGCGGCUCCGAGGCUCGCUACGUUUUUACGAGAGGAAUGUAAGAAGGUGGGGAUCCAGGGCGACCAAUCCGUCCGCGGAAAACGGUCCCUGCGCGAUGCGCGUGGCGCGCUGCGCCGUAUAAUCUUGCGUAUCAGUUAUCGUCGGACCAUCCAGAAGGCAGUGGUACGCUCCUCGGAAAUUGAAGAACCCUUAUUGGUGCGAUUGGUGCAAAGGAACGCGAGGAACAGUGUACAGUUGCAAGUCAAAAAUCCAGUGCCAGAGCCAUCAUGGCGAACCCUCGGAAAUUCAGUGAAAAGAUCGCACUCCUGAAUCAGAAGCAAGCCGAGGAGACAGCCGCGUUCGAGGCUAUCAUGCGGGCGGUUUCGGAUGUCACGAGCAGAGUGGCGUCGACGAGCAACUCCGUGGGGACGAGUCCCACGGGAUCUGGGGUACCAGACAGUACCCCCCCGACCGUGCAGAGUGCUGGUGCUAGUCCGCCCCAGUCCUCCGGGAAGUACCUGCACAUUAACCUGGGCAACCAGUUCAGGGCUGGAGGCUCGUUGCCCAACGUAAACAACAACACGAACAGCAACAACGCGAAAGAUCCCUCUGGGACUUGCGCCGCUAUUCACUCGAUCGACCUCAAGACUUCACUCAGUAAGCUGGAAGAGAUACAGCAGAACGCCAUGACGUAUCGAGGAACCGAACGCGGUCGUAGCAUGGGGGUGGGUCCCGUGCGAUCUCGGCCCACGGAAAAGCGACACGACACGUCCCCGUACAGCGGGGUGCCUUAUCUGUCGCCACCACAGUCAGAUACCUGGAGAAGAACGAACUCCGAUUCUGCUCUGCAUCAGAGUGCAAACGAAGCCUGUCAGUCCACUUCGGCGAUGCCUCAUCGAAGAGGUAGCGAUGCAUAUCAACACGCGAUGAGUGGUACGGUAAACGAGCACAGAGAGUCACAUCACGGGUUUAUCGAACGACCAAGAUCUUCCUGCGAAAUGCCUAGAGUGCCUGGUAUCAAUAUAUAUCUCAGCUCACAGCCACCGGGACAGCAAGUACCGAUCGGCAACAAUACAGGCUCCUUGCCAGAUCUGAGCAACGUUCACUUUCCUUCGCCACUGCACACGCCUCUCGACCAGGAGGACCAUUCGAGCAGUACGCAGUACAGCAAUAGUCCUCAAACGAGCAGUCCUACGACCCUGUCGCCGACCAGCUUAGCGCAAGCUGGUAGGCUAUCUUUUUCACAGGAUCACAGCCCGCCAAGCCCCCAAAACCAUUUAUCAGUGCCUGUUAACUCUAGGUUCCUUCACACGUGUAAGCAGGGUGUCGCGCUGGAUAACAGCACAAGUACUUCGCAACAGGAUCUUCAGUCAUAUUCACAACCACCUCCGCCCUCGGCGGCAUCUCACACUCCUCAACACUUCAUUUAUCAGCAACUGCAGAGCCCAGUGCCGCCGCAAAGUCCGAAAACGUCACAGUCGCAGCAGCAGCAGCACCACCAGCAUCAGCAUCAGCAGCACCAUCAUCAUCAGCAACAGCUCAACUCUUUGGGCUCGUAUAGGAGCUCACAGACAGUCAACAGGCCGUCGCCGCAAUCAUCACCGAGUCUCACAGUUCAGGGAAGUCCCUUGAGUUAUAGCAAUAACCCAUCGGCACCACAGAGUCCUACGGGACACCCGGGACUACCGAGCUUCCCCACGGAAAAUAUGGAUCAGAAUAAUUAUUUCAUUAACCAAAACGCCGCGGCACUUCAGCAACACUUCGAACAGUUCUCAAUGGCAGGGGACUGGGCACAAAUGAUACAGCAGCUCAUGGAGUCUGGCUACACCUGGACCUCGCAGUUAGAGAUGGACUCACCAGUGGCGCCGACCACGAUCGACGCCUACAUCGGUUCACCAAAUCAUACGGGAAAUUACACGCAAAGCGACAUGAUAAAUGUUGGCGGCGAAAUGGGCAGCGGGGAUGGCGGUUACUACAGCACGAGUCCGCAAUUGGCCUUUCAACCGAGGACACCCACUACGACCCAGCAACUCACGCCACAAACCCCAAACACCCCUACGAUCAUACUCACCGAUUUCUCCUCGGGGACGGAUGAUCUAACGAGCCCUGAAUUUGGAAAGGAGAGUGGAUCGGCGAUAACGAGCGACUUCGAUCCUGAUUUAUUUCCAUCGGACGACGCCCUCAGACAAGGACUUGGGCAUAUCGAUCUCGACGGACUCCAGAUGCUCGCUGAUCCUGACAUGGUGCUAUCGGACUCUGCCGCCGAAGCCCACUUUAGGUUAGAUCGACUCUAAGGACAAAAGAAGAUUUUACUCAGCUCGCGAUAUCGCGCGUCGACUUUAGAAUAAUGCUAAUUCUGUCCUGGUGUCGCGGUUACUUCUAAAGACACUACGCCAAAUGGCGGAAUGCUCCUUGGACGUGGACGUGUUUCCAGUGAGUCGUUUGAUUAUACAUUGUUAUUACUACCGGUCGGUUUUCAAUCAGGAUUUCAUUGAUUACGGUGCUCGUUAGUUUUUGCUUGUUCCUUUCUCUCUCUUUUUUUUUUUUCGUUUCUCGUCAUACCCAAAUAUUUCUAACGGAUGACAUAAGUUUUACUAAAGAUUUUUUAUUACGAUGACAAAUUACGAUUAUAGGUAAUAACAAUUUUGUGGGUCGUGCAAUAGUGGCAGUCGUGACGAUCAUUCUAUUCUUGUUCGGUAUAGCGAUCACGAUCGAUCUAGUCUCACCACGGGCACUCCGAAUUUUGCAUUUAAGCCAUUCAGAAAGAGACGUUGGUCCGAGGAAACGUUUAUAUAUUGGAAAUACCUCCUCGCUCUCGGAGGGCCCCGUACGUGAUAAAAAAAGAAACCUUAAAUUGAUGAUUAAGUACUACUACAAAUCUUGAUUAACCCAUAUACAUAUAUAUUUUUUUUUAUUUUAUACUACUUUGUAUAUUGUAUCAUGUAUGAUCUCUAAGAUGCACAAAACGAAAUGUUUACUGAUUUAUACAUGCUUUUGUCAUACGCGGAUCCUAGUAACUUAACGGAUCGUUGGAUUUAUUAAUAUUACGAGGACGUGGUUCGACGGUGUGUCCCUCCUUUUGAAAAAGGCGGAGGGAGACAUCGCGAAUACACACAGUUCAUAAUAAAGACACAGAACACAAUA